CCUUCCCCAAUUUUUCAAUCUCACAAAAAAGGAAAAAAUGGAACUACCAGAAGAAGAAGAAGACGAUUUCUCGCCAUUAAAGCUCAUUCAACAACAUCUUCUCCAAGACUCUGAUUCCUUCUUCACAUUCCUGGAUUUCGAAAUCCACUCACCGCCGCCGAUCAAACUCGAAUUCGAAGGUUUCGAGUACUUGAAACCGUCGGAAGAGGAAGAGCCUCCGAUUCAGAGUCCGAAGAGCCAGCCGGAACAACAGUCGCCGCGAUCGACUACAAGUUCCGACGGCGGGAGGCGUUACAGAGGGGUUCGGCGGCGGCCCUGGGGGAAGUUCGCGGCGGAGAUUCGAGAUCCGAGUAGGAAAGGGAGUAGGGUUUGGUUGGGGACUUUUGAUUCGGAUGUCGAUGCGGCUAGGGCUUACGAUUCUGCUGCUUUUAAGAUAAGAGGAAGAAAGGCUAAGUUAAAUUUUCCUUUGGAUGCCGGAAAGUCUGACCCGCCGCCGGGGAAUGGCCGGAGGAAGAGACGAGAGAUUACAGUUAAUUGAAGAAGGUGAAAAAAAUAUAUAAAUAUCGUUGAGAAUUUCAAAAUUUAAUCACUAGGAAAAAAGAGUAACACUAAAUCUUUGGCCAAUGUUCAUGUGGGCUAACAGCCUUAUUUUUAAUAUGAGUAUGCAUUUGUAUAAAAAUGGUAUGUUAAAUUACAAUUUUUUUUUGUUUGAUUUAAUUUUAAUUUUAAAUUUUUCAA